GUGACGCAAACGCGUCGGUGCGCGGCGCAUGCGCAGUGCGGCGUAAGGGCGACGUGCGGUCGAGUGUUUACGCGCGUAAUGGCGGCGGACAGGCUGUGAUGAGCCACGGCGAAAACAACACAGCCAGCGAUCCAGCCCUCGGUCAGUUUCCACAACGGCGACACGGAAGAACGCGAAAAUGCAGAUCACGCUGAAAACCCUCCAGCAGCAGACGUUUAAAAUCGACAUCGACGCGGAGGAGACGGUAAAGGCCUUAAAGGAAAAAAUAGAGAAUGAAAAGGGAAAAGAUAACUUUCCGGUGGUGGGACAGAAGUUGAUAUAUGCAGGCAAAAUCCUGAACGAUGACGCGGCUCUCAAGGAGUACAAGAUAGAUGAGAAGAACUUUGUGGUGAUUAUGGUAGCAAAGCCUAAAGCGGCUCCUGCAUCGGUCCCUUCAUCUGCUGCCACAGCGGCCAGUGCAGCCUCCUCCAGCACUACAACAACCCCGACCCCUUCUUCAGAAACCCCGUCUGAGAGCGCGACUGAAGAGGACAAACCCGCCAGCAGCGCUGAGCCCUCCUCUACACCAACCAGUUCUUUGCCAAAUGCAAACAUAUUUGAAGAGGCGACGUCUGCGCUGGUGACGGGUCAGUCCUACGAGAACAUGGUGACGGAGAUCAUGCUGAUGGGAUACGAGAGAGACAGAGUGGUGGCGGCACUGAGAGCCAGUUUCAACAACCCUGACCGCGCCGUCGAGUACCUGCUCACGGAUAUUCCUGCGGAGAGCGAGGGCAGUGUGGGAGGUGCUGACCCCGUGGCUCCUGCGGUAGGCACUCCUGCUUUGUCCACAGGCCUCUCUUUACCAUCCAGCACCGCCCCGUCGCAGCCCAGCACAGGAUCAGGGGCGAAUCCUCUGGAGUUCCUGAGGAACCAGCCGCAGUUCCUGCAGAUGAGACAGAUCAUCCAGCAGAACCCAUCUCUCUUACCAGCUCUACUACAGCAGAUCGGCAGAGAGAACCCACAGCUCCUGCAGCAAAUCAGCAGCCAUCAGGAGCAGUUCAUCCAGAUGCUUAAUGAGCCGGUGCAGGAGGCGGGGCAAGGAGGCAGUGGGGGUGUGUCCGAGGCAGGAGGCGGGCACAUGAACUACAUCCAGGUCACACCUCAGGAGAAAGAAGCUAUUGAGAGGCUAAAAGCCCUUGGAUUCCCAGAAGGACUCGUUAUACAGGCCUACUUUGCUUGUGAGAAGAAUGAAAAUUUGGCUGCAAAACAACAGAAACAACAGAACUUUGAUGAUGAUUAGAGGAGUGGCCCCCCGAUCAUUUUCCCCUCUUAUGUUUUUUUUUUUUUUCUUUUUGAAUGAUCAUUUUUGAGAAGAAAAUCUAUACACACACACACUCUCACACAAACACACAGGCUGUCAUAUUCUGUCUAAAUUUUACACACUGGAUGACAUGAUCACGUCCGUCUGGAGACGAGCGCAUCAUUUGUUUGUCUCCAGAGGCAGAAAUCAGUAAAAGCCUCUUUGCCUCA